UUCGUUUCCGGGUGAAAUACACCAAUUUAAUGUCGGUCUUCGAAGCGGAAGCGUCAGCCAAGUAGCUAACAUUUCGAACUUUAGUUGAGGAUUUCGCGUUGCUGCUUAUUGCAAACAUGAAACUCGUACGAUUUUUGAUGAAACUGAGCCAUGAGACGGUUACGAUUGAACUGAAGAAUGGCACACAGGUUCACGGCACCAUCACAGGUGUGGAUGUCUGCAUGAACACACACCUUAAAGCUGUGAAAAUGACCCUGAAGAACAGAGAGCCGACACAGCUGGAGUCCCUCAGUAUCCGUGGCAACAACAUUCGCUACUUCAUCCUUCCCGACAGCCUGCCCCUAGACACGCUGCUGGUGGACAUUGAGCCCAAAGUCAAGUCUAAGAAGAGAGAAGCGGUGGCAGGGAGAGGUCGUGGGAGGGGCAGGGGCAGAGGGCGUGGAAGAGGACGAGGAAGAGGGGGCCCAAGAAGAUAACUUCCCCUCCAUUGCACAUCAACUUCCUGCUGUUUUGUACAGAUUUUGUAUUGCUUGGAAAUUCUGGCAAGUGUUGUUUUUCUCCCCCCCAUUUUCUACAUAAAGCUUUCCUGACAAAAUA